CUUUUCUAUGCUUUUUGUUUUGGUUGUUUUUCCCUAUUGUUUGGAAGAAAUCAACAAGUUCUUAUCUGAAAAAAUAUUUCAUUUCUACUGAUUCUUGAUACCCUGUUUGUCUUUUGACAUGGAUUUUUGGAGCAUUUCUAAUUUGAUUACAAUUUCACCUGAAAUUGAAAAGGUUUUAUCUAGUGGUUUGAAGAUGUAUUUGGUUGAGAGCAAAGGAGGGGCUAUAGUUUGCAUGUUGUUGUCUUUGUUCUUCUUAGGGACAUGGCCAGCCUUACUAACUUUACUUGAAAGAAGAGGAAGAUUUCCUCAACACACUUACCUUGAUUAUACUUUGACUAAUCUUUUGGCUGCUGUCAUAAUUGCUUUUACUUUUGGUGAAAUUGGGACAAGUUCAUUGGAAAAACCGAAUUUCCUUUCUCAACUCGCUCAGGAUAAUUGGCCCAGUGUCUUGUUUGCAAUGGCUGGAGGGGUGGUUCUCAGCAUUGGGAACCUUACAACUCAAUAUGCUUGGGCAUUUGUUGGUUUAUCAGUUACCGAGGUCGUCUCCUCAAGCAUUACUGUUGUUAUAGGAACAACCUUGAAUUACUACCUUGAUGACAAAAUUAACAAAGCAGAGAUUCUUUUUCCGGGGGUUGCAUGUUUCUUGAUUGCUGUUUGCUUAGGCUCUGCUGUUCAUGCAUCCAAUGCAGCUGAUAACAAAGCAAAGCUUGAUAGCUAUUCAAAUGAGUUUAAAGAUGGCAUUAGGGCUAAUAAUAUUACUGACUCUAAACAAGCAUAUACAAAGACAGUUGAGAUAAAUGAUGCGGAGAAGGGAGUGGCUUCCACAGAGAAGCCAAAAUUUGGGACUGCUCUUUUCCUUAUUGAUCUCGAGAAGAGAAGAGCGAUCAAGAUAUUUGGGAAGAGCGCUAUCAUUGGUUUGGCUUUAACAUUCUUUGCCGGAGUUUGUUUUUCUCUCUUCUCUCCAGCAUUCAACCUUGCCACAAAUGAUCAGUGGCAUACUCUAAAAGAUGGAGUUCCGCACUUGAGCGUCUACACAGCAUUCUUCUACUUCUCAGUUUCUUGCUUCGUCGUUGCCUUGAUUCUUAACCUCAUCUUCUUAUACCGUCCUGUUCUAAAUGCGCCCAAGUCAUCCCUAAAGGCUUAUAUUAACGACUGGAACGGUAGAGGUUGGGCACUUUUGGCAGGACUUUUGUGUGGUUUUGGAAAUGGUCUACAAUUCAUGGGAGGUCAAGCAGCUGGAUAUGCAGCUGCAGAUGCUGUUCAGGCGUUGCCUCUCGUGAGCACAUUUUGGGGGGUAAUUUUGUUUGGAGAGUAUCGAAGAUCGUCUAGAAAAACAUAUACGCUACUAGUUGGUAUGCUGUUUAUGUUUGUUGCAGCUGUUGGAAUACUUAUGGCAUCGUCAGGGCAUCGAAAAUAGUGCUUCGGGGACGGUUAGAACUCCAUAAAUCAUAAUGUUAUUUGUACAUAUUGUCAAAAUUAGAAAAAUGGUACUAUUGUAUAUGAUACAUUACUGUUUCUUGUUGAACAGAAGCACAAUUUAAUUAAAAUUCUGCUGGGGAAUUCUCACUGUAUAUAGCAACGAUUGUAAGCAUUUAGAGACUUUUUGUAUGGAUAAUGAAUCACAUCUUUCAACUUCCUUGUAUUUUAUUUAUAUUUAUGCAAUUCUUGAAUUUUACUGCA